ACACAGGGGGUGUCAGAAGAAGCACAGGGGGCUGGUUUAUUAUCAUUAUUAUUAUCAUUAUAAUUUUUAUUCCUUUUUUUCCUCUUCCCCCCCUCUUUUUUUUUUUUGCUUCCUUUCCUCUCUUUCCGCAUUAACCGGUUUUGUCUAGAAAGUGGUCUCGCUGGCUGGAAGGGCUAACGGGGAGGUAAAAAGGAGGGGAGAAUAUUUUUUUUGCAUCACGCUUUGGCAGGAAUGCGGCAGCCUUAGCAAGGGACCCAAAUUUCCGUGGCGGUGCUUGAAGAGGUCUGUCUGUCUGUCUGCCUGGACAUAUAUUUAGCCAUAUACUAUUUAUACAUCCAUAAUCUCCCGGCCACGUCGGGGGCCCGGGGGGGGGAGCUUAGAGGCGGCGUGGCCGUGGCGAAGCCGGACGAAGAUGCUUUUCAAACCCAGGAAUGAUUAAUUUGCUGAUAUUAUUUCUUUUUCUCCCAGCAAAUACCCUGCAAGGUCAGAGGAUGCUCCUUGGUUUGUUUUUUUUCCCCGGCCCUGCGGUCUUUUGGACAUCAGACGGGUUUUUUAAUCCAGGGAGGAUGGAGCGGGCGAUAGCGGCUUCGAGCCCGAGGCCUUUUGAGAUUAUAAAGUGAUAUUUUAGCAGCGAGGAAAAACCCCACGUUCCCACGGGUCGGAAAAACGCCCCGCGUGCAGCACCCGGUCUCAGCUAGAGCUGGAGAUGGACGCGGAUAAGGGGAAGCAACGCCAGUACUCGCAGAGGAUGGCGGAGCCUCGCUUCAACAACCCCUACUUCUGGCCACCCCCUCCCACCAUGCCCAGCCAGCUGGACAACCUGGUCCUGAUCAACAAAAUCAAGGAGCAGUUGAUGGCGGAGAAGAUCCGCCCCCCUCAUUUGCCGCCCACCUCGGUGGCUUCCCAGCAGCCGCUCCUGGUGCCCCCCUCACCCGCCGAAAGCAGCCAGUCCAUCAUGUCCCUCCCCAAACUGCAGCAGGUCCCGGGCCUCCACCCUCAGGCCGUCCCCCAGCCCGAUGUGGCCCUGCACGCCCGGCCGGCCACCAGCACCGUCACAGGGUUGGGGCUGGCAUCCCGCGCGCCGGCAGUCAGCACCUCCGAAUCCAGCACGGGGACGGGGACCACCACCCCGUCGACACCCACCUCCACCAGCCAGAGCCGCCUCAUCGCCUCUUCGCCCACCCUAAUCUCAGGAAUCACCAGCCCCCCCCUCCUCGACUCCAUAAAGACAAUCCAGGGCCACGGUUUGCUGGGUGCUCCCAAAGCGGAACGAGGCCGUAAGAAGAUCAAAGCGGAAAAUCCCUCAGGACCGCCGGUCCUGGUGGUGCCCUAUCCCAUCCUGGCCUCUGGGGAGACUGCCAAAGAGGGGAAGACGUACAGGUGUAAGGUCUGCCCCUUGACGUUCUUCACCAAGUCGGAGAUGCAGAUCCACUCCAAGUCGCACACAGAGGCCAAGCCCCACAAGUGCCCCCACUGCUCCAAGUCCUUCGCCAACGCCUCCUACCUGGCCCAGCACCUGCGCAUCCACCUGGGCGUCAAACCCUACCACUGCUCCUACUGCGAGAAGUCCUUCCGGCAGCUGUCCCAUCUCCAGCAGCAUACCAGAAUCCACACCGGAGACAGACCCUACAAGUGCCCGCACCCCGGCUGCGAAAAGGCCUUCACGCAACUCUCCAACCUCCAGUCCCACCAGCGCCAGCACAACAAGGACAAGCCCUACAAGUGCCCCAACUGCUACCGCGCCUACACUGACUCGGCCUCGCUGCAGAUCCACCUCUCGGCACACGCCAUCAAGCACGCCAAGGCCUACUGCUGCAGCAUGUGCGGCCGCGCCUACACCUCGGAGACUUAUCUGAUGAAGCACAUGUCCAAGCACACCGUGGUGGAGCACCUGGUCAGCCAACACUCGCCGCAGCGGACGGAGUCGCCCGGCAUUCCCGUACGGAUCUCUCUUAUCUAACUGGGAACGCCUUUGGCAUCACGGGGUCACAGGGGGACACCCCAGGACGCCCCCACACCGAAGAGACAGCGGCAGAGACCCCCCCCGACCAGCGCUGUGUCCGGCGUCACGUUCCCCCCCCCAGGUUUGGUGACAUCCAAAGACGGUUUCGGAGCACUUUGCAUCCUGGUUUGGUUUCUCCAGGGUGGGGGGGCGCAUAGAGGAGGGGUUCUCUCCUCCCGCUGCCCCCUCCCCGCUCCCGUUUGGAUACAAAAAUAUAUAUAUAUAUUUAUUGGCCAAGAAGUUGGUGCUGCUACAAACGGAAACAGGACCCAAACCCAACCCUGGAUGGAGAAAAACGGGGUGGGGGGUCCCCACUGCCGCCCCACCCUCCUCCACGGACUCUGACGGGAGCAAAUGGACUCAGGCCGUGGCGGCCGCCCCCUCGCAGGGUGGGGGACGUUUGGGUUGAUUUUUAAUCAUUUUUGGGUGUUUUAAUGGGGUGACGAAGCCGGCGGGCAGAGCUGUGUCCCCCCAGGGCUGGAUUCACCCCUUUUUAUUCCCAGAUCCCCCCAGAAUUCCAUCUUGGGGCGUGUGGGGGGGGGCAGGAAUGGCUUUUGCCUUGUACAUAAAGAGCGGGGGCCACCGCCCCCUCCCCAUUCCGUACGGUUCCGUUGGAUAUUAACUCUC